GUGUGCUUAAGGGGAGCAGAACUGAACAGCGAGAACAGCUCGGCUCAGGCGGUUUCUGUCAACCGGACGUAAUCUGGGGCGUUUUCUCCAAAGGAAACAUUCGCGAAAAAACGGACACAAUACGACUCCAAUCUCUGUGCCUUAGAGAAGAGCACUGGGAGUCCAUAAAGGAUCUUUAAACGCCGGUGAAUCGAGCGAGAACGACGGCGGGGUAAAAGGCUACGCACUCCUAAAGGCAGCGCAGCGCACUUUCCAAUCACAUCACAAUACUUAAAAGUUCCCCCGACCUCGGCCAAGGAGCCCCGUGGCAUGACUGCGCCGUAAUCCGACAUCGCAGCGACUUUUGGGGGAAAACAAGCAUCGCUCACGACGCUAAACUGUGGGACUGUUGUGUGUGUGUGAGGGCGGAAAGUUUCCGGAGAGAAGUGAAGCAGCAACAGGUUGUUCUAUCUAUCGCGCGGUAGGCUACGGUCGGAGAGAUAAAAGCGAUGCCUAGCAACACGGAGCUGCGCCCGCGCCUCUGCCAGCUGGAUAAAGGAGACAACGGCUACGGCUUCCACCUGCACGGCGAGAAGGGCAAAACCGGCCAGUUUAUCCGGUUAGUUGAGCCCGAGUCCCCCGCAGAGGUCUCGGGGCUGCGCGCGGGCGACAGGCUGGUGUUCGUGAACGGCGACAAUGUGGAGAACGAGAGCCACCAGCAGGUCGUCACGCGGAUACGGGCCACGGCGGGUAAGCUCGAGCUGAUCGUGGUGGAUGUGGAGACCGAACAGCUGCUACGGAAGCACGGGCUCAAGUGUCUGACGGAAUACGUGACCGACGGCAUCCCCGUGCCCGAGCCCGAGCCCGCGCCGUCCGAGUCGGGGUCGGAGAGGAGCGCGUCGGAGAACGGGACGCCGCGAGAGUCGACGCCGGUGGUACCGGAAAACAACGGAGACGCACAGCUGCUGAUACCGGAGCCCGAGCGCGAGAAGAAACUUAGCGUCAGCUCCGAGAAGGAGGUGGUGGCACCUGGCUUGCGUCCGCGGCUGUGUGUGAUCGAGAAGGGGCCUAACGGCUACGGCUUCAACCUGCACAGCGAGAAGUCUCGACCGGGACAGUACGUACGCGCCGUCGACGACGACUCACCCGCAGAGAAGGCCGGACUACUUCAGAAAGACCGCAUCAUAGAGGUGAAUGGCGUGAGUGUGGAGGGGAAGCAGCAUAGUCAGGUGGUGUCCCUGAUCCGCUCGGGCGGUGACCAGACCACGCUGCUGGUGGUGGACCCCGAGGCCGACGUCUACUUCAAGAAGUGCAGAGUCACGCCCGGCAAGGAGCACCUGACAGGAGCCCUGCCAGAGCCGCUCACGAAUGGAGACAUGGACGAAAAGGCCAAUGGGAAGCUAGCAGAGAAGGCGGAGCCUAAAGUGUCCAUCAGCCCGUCUCCGUCCAAUGCCUCGUCUAACGCCUCCCUGUCCACCCCGACCACACACACACCGCCCCCUGAGGUGUCUGAGUCCCCUGCUCCUGCCUUCGCCCCUGGCCCUGGCGCCCCUGCCAUCCCCGCGUUGGGCAUGUCCUUGGCACAGGCGAAGGAGUUGGCGGCCCAGAAGCGCUCGCAGAAGAGAGCGCCCCCGAUGGACUGGAGUAAGAAGAACGAGCUCUUCAGCAACCUCUAG